UGGAUCCUGGAGAAGGAAUUCAGGCUUAACAAGUGAUCGCUGCUGUCUAGGAUUUUGUGUCUUUUUCGGGGGAACCUUGACUUCCGUUCCUAGCCCUGUUCUGAUGUACCGAACUCUAGAAGAAACAGGAAUCUUGGGGGUCUUCCUUGGGGCAUGCCCAAUCCCCAUCCCCGGGCUCUGUAAAGAGGACUCUGUGACCCUCUGGCCAAGGCGACAGAACUUGUUCCGUGGAUAUUUUGGAGCCUCCACCUGCCAAACCCUAGUGAUUUCUUUCACCGCGCCCCCACCCCCCAUCAUUCUGCCCCUCCUCCAGCUGUUGCAGCUUUAAGGGGAAAAACAAACCACCGGGGGAUUUUUCUCUAUUUUUAUUUUUCGCACUUGCUGGGAAUGGACUUAUUUAAUCAUAUAUACAAACUUUUGUGUGUGUGAAGGGGAGAAGAAAUUGAGCAAAGUCUCAGGCUUUUUGACCUGUGCAAAUCUUAAGGAUGUUGGAUGACACACCACAGUGAAUGUAACCCCAGGACCAUUUUGUGAAGUGCUUCUUCUGAAUGAUUCUAGCCAAAGGAUGCUCUUCAUUUCCUUGAUUUCUAUGGAGACCUCAGAACUGGGUUUGCCUCUGCUGGCACCUCAUCUUCUACCUUCUAUACCACCCAAGGUCUUUGCGUCUGUCUACAACUUGGUAUUACCUUUGGGUCCAGGAAGCUACUGAUGACCUAAGAGGGAGAGGCUGGGUAAUCAUCCUCAUAGACUUUGAGCAGGAAUGGCUGGGCAUACUUUAAGUCACGUCUUGACAUGGGUCAAGUCAUCAGGAGAAGGCAAGUGCUAAGACUAAAGACUUAUUUGCAUCUUAUUUAAAUUAGAUGGAUUGUGCUUUGGACAAUUUCCAUGCAGAAAAAUAUAUUUCAUUUUCCAGACACAACUGCUGGCUGUCAGAUACUUGCUGCCUUUGUGUCUUGUAGCAUAUUCACCAACCACAACCCUUGAACAUCUACCCUAAAACGUAGGUGUUUGGGAGUCCACAACAUUUUAUGACUUAUGUUUGAGGAGCACUAGGCUGUUUGUCUAGACUAACUAAGCUCUGGAAAGCAGUGCUGAAUUUCUGAGAAGAGAGAGCAUGGGGUGUGCUGAUUUAAAAACAGAAAAUGCAAAGUUGGACUGAAAAUAUCCUCAAUCUUCCAAGCAAUCUGCUUAAGGGUUCCAAACUUACCUUAAUUUGGUGAGAAAAGAAGCUGCCCUAUUUUUCUUUCUUCUACAACUGGAACCAGCCAUUUCCCAAAACCAUCACCAUGGAGGUUGCAAUGGUGAGUGCAGAGAGCUCAGGGUGCAAUAGUCACAUGCCUUAUGGUUAUGCAGCCCAGGCCCGGGCCCGAGAGCGGGAGAGGCUUGCUCACUCGAGGGCAGCUGCAGCUGCUGCCGUAGCAGCUGCUACAGCUGCUGUUGAAGGUAGUGGGGGUUCUGGUGGCUCUCACCAUCACCACCAGACACGUGGAGCCUACUCCUCUCAUGACUCGCAAGGUAGCCGGGGUAGUCGGAGGAGGAGGCACCAGCGACCUGAGAAGAAGAAAAUCCAUCAUCGGCAGAGCAGUUUCCCUCAUUGCUCUGACCUGAUGCCUAGUGGCUCUGAAGAGAAGAUCCUGAGGGAGCUGAGUGAGGAAGAGGAAGAUGAGGAGGAGGAAGAAGAGGAGGAAGAAGAGGGAAGGUUCUACUAUAGUGAUGAAGACCAUGGGGAUGAGUGUUCCUAUACAGACCUGCUGCCUCAGGAUGACCGGGGUGGUGGUGGCUACAGCUCAGUCCGCUACAGUGACUGUUGUGAACGUGUGGUGAUCAACGUGUCUGGGCUCCGCUUUGAAACCCAGAUGAAGACUCUGGCCCAGUUUCCAGAGACUCUGUUGGGAGACCCCGAGAAGAGGACUCAGUACUUCGACCCUUUGCGCAAUGAGUAUUUUUUUGAUAGGAACCGGCCCAGCUUCGACGCCAUUUUAUAUUAUUACCAAUCAGGAGGCCGCCUGAAGAGGCCGGUCAAUGUCCCCUUUGACAUCUUCACGGAGGAGGUAAAGUUCUAUCAGUUAGGAGAUGAAGCCCUGCUCAAGUUCCGUGAGGACGAGGGCUUUGUAAGAGAAGAGGAGGACAGGGCUCUGCCCGAGAAUGAAUUUAAAAAGCAGAUUUGGCUUCUCUUUGAAUAUCCGGAGAGCUCGAGCCCUGCAAGAGGCAUAGCCAUCGUGUCUGUCCUGGUCAUCCUAAUCUCCAUUGUUAUUUUUUGCCUGGAAACCUUGCCGGAAUUCAGGGACGACAGGGAUCUCAUCAUGUCCCUUAGUGCAGGUGGACAUAGCAGGUUGCUGAAUGACACGUCAGCACUCCACCUGGAGAACUCAGGGCAUACGAUAUUCAACGAUCCCUUCUUCAUCGUGGAGACAGUGUGCAUUGUGUGGUUUUCCUUUGAGUUUGUAGUUCGCUGCUUUGCUUGUCCCAGCCAAGCACUCUUCUUCAAAAACAUCAUGAACAUCAUUGACAUCGUCUCCAUUUUGCCUUACUUCAUCACUCUGGGCACUGAUCUGGCCCAGCAGCAGGGGGGCGGCAACGGCCAGCAACAGCAGGCCAUGUCCUUUGCCAUCCUCAGGAUCAUUCGUCUGGUCCGAGUAUUCCGGAUCUUCAAACUCUCCAGACACUCCAAAGGCCUGCAGAUCCUGGGCCACACCCUCAGAGCCAGCAUGCGGGAACUGGGCCUUCUGAUCUUUUUCCUCUUCAUUGGGGUCAUUCUCUUUUCCAGCGCUGUGUAUUUUGCAGAGGCCGAUGAACCCACUACCCAUUUUCAAAGCAUCCCUGAUGCAUUUUGGUGGGCUGUGGUAACCAUGACAACCGUGGGCUAUGGGGACAUGAAGCCCAUCACGGUGGGGGGCAAGAUUGUGGGGUCCUUGUGUGCCAUCGCGGGUGUCUUAACCAUUGCUUUGCCAGUGCCAGUGAUUGUGUCUAACUUUAACUAUUUCUACCACAGAGAGACUGAAAACGAGGAACAGACCCAGCUGACACAAAAUGCAGUCAGCUGCCCAUACCUCCCUUCUAAUUUGCUCAAGAAAUUUCGGAGCUCUACUUCGUCUUCCCUGGGGGACAAGUCAGAGUAUCUAGAGAUGGAAGAAGGGGUUAAGGAAUCUCUGUGUGCAAAGGAAGAGAAGUGCCAGGGAAAGGGGGAUGACAGCGAGACAGAUAAAAACAACUGUUCUAACGCAAAGGCUGUGGAGACCGAUGUGUGAAUUGCUUUCUCCAGCCGCCACUGCCCCCCCAACCCCUCCCCCGCCAGUAUCUCCAAAUAUAUUUAUGCAUAGAGAGUGCAGUUAUGAAAAUGAAAUAUGCAAAUGAUUGCACUGCAUACAGUAGUACGCUGUUUAAUGGUAAUACAUGGCAUAAUUGUUACUAAACUUGUAUUACAUAUCAAAUAAAUGAUACAUCUUGGAGAAGAGGGAGGCUUAAAUAGAGCAGAUCUAUCUUUAUAUUUUUAAAUAGAAUGCAAGAAUUUUGCACAUAACUGGGAAAUAUGUUAAUAGUAAAGAUGGUCCUAUGGAGAGCAAGUGUGUGUAUGUGAGCGUGUGUGCAUGUGGGUGUGUACAUUUAAGUAAAUUGUCAACAUUGUUGGUAGUUGUGCUGUGAUGGGAAAAGUUGGCAUUUUGAAGUAUUUACUAUGUAAGAAUUAUUGAAUUUGAACAGUCAUUUAUCAAUGCUUUAACAGCAUCUCCUAUGUCUUUUAUUCUGUAGUUGUUUUUUAGAAAUUGUAAGAAUUACUGUGUAGAAAAAAAGAGAAAGUAAAUUAUUUAAUAGAAUAUAGGUCACAAUUUAAUCUUGGAUUUAAUUAAAGUUUAUUUUUAACUGGAAAUUAACUUUUGAAAAGGCUGCAGGGGCCUUUAGAAAUUGAUUAUAUUUUAUUAUUAAUUUUGGGAAGAUAUGACAGCAAAUGCCUAACAUUCUGGAUGACAUGAAAUUGGAGUAAAUGUAACAAGUUUUGUUCACAGGUAAUAGGACUGGAUUAUUUUCCUUUGCACUACUUUAUAUGUUGAAGACUGAGAGAGACUUCAUACUGUGAAUGUUUACUAAUGUACCAGUUCAAUGACAAUCAUUGGAAGAAUGACUUCUUAGUCCUAUUUUGUUGCUCUCUUCUUUUCCUUGUGUGAAACUAAUGACCACACAGAUAACAGCACAUGAUUUUCUCCUGUUUUAAAAUCUGAAUAACUGAUCUACAAAGGGACUAUGAAGUAAAAUUUAGCAAUGGAGUCUUUUGAAAUUGGUUUGUUACAAUGAUGCGUCAGAAACUAUACUAUUUUAAAUAUUCUUCUGCCUUUUAAGUCCAGAAUAAUUUAACCAAAGUUAAUGCAUGCAUUGAAAGAAUUCUUGAAGAAAUAAGAUGCCCAGCAGCUACAGCGAUUAUGGCUUAAGAUCUUUCUAUUAAAUAUGC